AUAAGGGCAGUCUUGCCUUGGAGAGAGAACAUUCUCUUAGGAACGGCCCGAAGAUCCGGACAGCAGUAGUACAUAAGACCCAGCACGAGUGCGUCCUAUCCAGACCCUUCCGAACCAUUCUACACUCCCUCUAAAAUGGACGGAAUGAUUUCUUCCCUUGUGCUACACGCUCCCCGCGACCUUCGACUCAGUCGUCGACUGCUUCCUCCUCCUCCCCCUCACCACGUACAGAUCGCUGUCCUGUCAACUGGUCUGUGCGGCUCCGACCUCCAUUAUUACCUCCAUGCUCGUAACGGAGCCUUCGCUCUUCAGGCGCCUCUUGUUCUAGGACAUGAAUCUGCAGGCGUAAUAACUGCCGUUGGUCCCUUCGUCACAGACUUCCACCCAGGGCAGUACGUCGCCAUUGAGGCGGGUAUUCCUUGCGAAUCUUGCGAGUGGUGUAGGACCAAUAGGUAUAACUUGUGCGAAAGAAUGCGCUUUCGCAGCAGCGCGAAGACAUUCCCGCAUCUGGACGGCACAAUGCAGACGAAGAUCAACCAUCCUGCGAAGCGAGUGCACGCGCUACCUCCAGGCGUUUCUUGUGAGCAGGGUGCACUAGCAGAGCCAUUAUCUGUCCUUUUACAUGCUUCAAGACGAGCAAGGCUUACCCACCAUACCCAAAGAGUAUUGGUGUUCGGUGCAGGAGCAAUCGGUAUGCUCGCCGCUGGUUUGGCGCGUUCUAGAGGGAUUCCGAGCGAAUCCAUUGCCAUGGUUGACAUCAAUCGUGAACGACUGGCGUUUGCGAAAGAUCACGGUCUUGUGGGAAAGGUAUUCUGCCUACCUCCGCCGACGCCUAUGAAGGGAUUAGACGGACUUGAGCGGAGUAGAUCGCAGGCACUGGUAUUCGGGGGCGGAUACGACAUCGUAUUUGAAUGCACGGGUGCUGAACCAUGCAUACAAAUGGCUGUUUUCAGCACGAAAACCGGAGGAAAGGUCCUUCUCAUCGGAAUGGGAGCGCCAAGUGCCUUCAUCCCCAUCAGCAACGCAGCCACCCGAGAAGUAGAUAUAAUUGGAAGUUUCCGAUACGCAGACACGUAUAAGGAGGCCCUCGAACUACUUGCUGGCGACACGCUACCGCCGAUAACAGACCUCAUCACUCAUCGUGUACCGUUCAACGCCGACGCCGUAAAAGGAGCAUUUGAGGCCAUGGCCAAGGGGAGGGACGAGAAGGGCAAGUUGGUCAUCAAGGUUAUUGUUGGUGGCAAUUAAUUAGAUGCUGAGAGCAUGGACCGUGUAAAGUCUUGUGCGGAGAGAGAUGAAUGAUCGACCGAUCGAUGCGGGGUCGGAUAUAGAGUCGUUCAUUUUUGUGCUGUAGCCUUCGUCGACGAUUCGGAUGGAUUUAUUUAUCGAAUGUAUACCACUUAGAAAUUUAAAGGAGAAAAUCCAAUUUCGGGUCGUAGGAAUAUAUCCGGCGUCAGAUCACUGUCAUACGGCUUGCAUACGGCCAGAGUUUAGGCAACAUGACAUCUGCCACCUG